GAAAUUACGAUCCUCUGAGGGCCUAAGUGCUUGCACAUGUGGUAAAAAGCCACAUACUGUAUGAGUUACAUCCCGCUUCGGAGGAUCGCUCUGAAUGUUUUCAUUGUGACGUAAAACCAGUAAUAUAAUUACCGUGAAGUAUCAAAGUACAUUGUCCACGAGAGGGAAUAAUUUGUUUUUGAUUACAUAGAAAUUGAGUAUUAAGUAUCGUGUCUAAUUAACAUCAAAUGAAAGUUUAAGUGCUCGAAGCUAUUUUAUGAAAACCUCUAAAUCCUAGUAACUUCAUCCUGUCAUCGAGGCAGACCUUGUUUGGUUCUUUGUUUAUUCUUUACAGCCUAAGUCAAAGUUCAAUUGGAGUUUUGCAUCCGUACGCUUUGGUCAUGAAUUUCAAGGAGACGCUGAUUUUUUCUAAAGAUGUGGGAUCAUCAUGGUUUUUCCUCGCUGUCGGUUUGUUCAUGUGCUGUUGUUGUAGUGAAUAUACGUCAGCAGCUCCUCUUCCGUUCCCUGACUCAAGCAAACCACCCGUAGCAGUCAUUGAUGCAGUGACGCUCGAGGACGCCGAGGAAUGGAUCAAGAAAUACAAGGUGACAUCAGGGGAAGGAUCAAGUGCGCCAACUCCUGGGCUCGAAAAAGAAAUUGCUCUCGUUCAGCACAUGGCUGGAAUAAAUGUCACUGGGCAGUUGGACUUUGAGACCAAAAAGUUGUUUGUGAUUCCUCGAUGCGGAAAUACAGGAGAAGAAAAGGAGUUAUCCUUCUCCGGCGAAGCUAGAAAAAGGAGAAGAAAACGUGAUUUUACUGACGAAUAUAUUGCUUGGGCAUGUAAAAUGCUAAAUGACAUCAUAAUCAAGCAGUACUCAAACUCCUUGCCUGAAGACGCUCAAGCACGUCUUAUUGCUAGGACGAUUAGCGUAUGGAGAAAAAGGAUCCCUGGAGUGGAAAGGUGCCGCAAGCGGCGCUCGAUAAACGUGGAGCAGAGGAGGGAAAUAGAAAUUAUAUUUGCACGACCAAACAGCAGUUAUCAGUAUCCAUUUGAAGGGAAAGGAGGAACAUUUGGGGAAGUGAUUUUUUCGAAUGAUAGCAAGAUUGAGGUUUAUUUUGAUGACAGCGAACCUUUCACAACAAACACAAGCAGUGGUAUGAAUUUGGAUUGGGUUGCUCUUCAUGAACUUGGACAUACUUUAGGCCUGAAGCAUUCCAACGUGCGUUACUCAGUCAUGUACCCAUGGUACCAAGGCUAUUUCUCGAACCUCGAGCUUAGCCCGAGCGAUAUCGAACAAUUGCAAGCUCUGUUUGGCAGACCAAGUACGACCUCAAGGCCAUCCGCAAAGACUGAAGCUCCAGCAACUACAGAAGUGACAACAAGUAAAGCCAGUGCAGUAUUUAUCACGGAUACUACUCCAGCAGUAACCACCGUGGCAGAAAAGGAGGUUACGACUCUGAAGGUCACAGAAAAACCCUCAUCUUCUCCCUUGGUGGGGGACAUCUGUAACGUGCAUAAGUUUGACUCUUUUAUGAUGAGUACAGAUGGCAGGACGUACGUUUUCAGUGGAGAUUAUUUCUGGGUACUCUCAGCUUCUCUCAAUGUCGAAGGCGGCCCCAUAAAGAUAACCAAUAAAUGGAAAGAACUUGAGACACCCAUCGACAGCGCCUAUACCAAUCCGGACGGAAGGAUAGUGUUUUUCAAAGGAAGCAUAUACUGGAGAUAUUACGGCUCCAUACUCGAGGAGGGUCCUGGUGACAUCAGUCAGAUUGGUCUGCCAUCGUCACUGCGUGAUCUUGAUGCAGCGUUUAUUUGGGGAGGCAAUAAAAAAACGUAUUUCUUCAAAGGGAAUAUCUACUGGCGAUAUAACGAGUUCAACAAGGCUGUGGACAAAAACUACCCAAAGUCUAUAAUUGCUUGGGGUUUGCCUCACAAUAUGGACUCUGUCAUUACCUGGAAUGGAAACGAGAGAACAUAUUUCUUCAAAGAUGACAAGUAUUGGAGACUCGAUGAUGGCUGGCUUGAGUUAGAGAGAGGGUAUCCACGCAGAAUUACUCCAGUUUGGAUGAAAUGUGGAACGCGGUUGCCAUAGAUGAUUCCAUUUGUAACACUGCACGAUUCCGCCGUGAGUUGUUUUUGAACCCAUAGGGAGAAGAAGUAGGUUUCUAAGACACUAAUGUGCAGAAUUUUAGUUAGCAUUGCAGUACAAUAGUUUGUAAACUUCGUCUCAUUUGGAAGGGAUUAUUAGAAAAAAGAAUUAAAAACACUUUUAACCCCUUUGAUAAUCUGAAAAUAGAGAAUAUACAAAUACUUCAGAGAGAUCCUUUCACUUUUUUCUGCGUUUAUCUCUCUAUACCAAAUAUUGCGUACAAUUCGGCGAAACAAGGGGAGGAAGGGGAACCAGCGGGAAUCCCGUGUUGUGGAAGGAUGUAUGCAUGACAAUAAAUUUGAGUAUCACCUGAAGAA